UUUGUCUGCGUUGCAUUGCAGUGUAACGCGGUUUCAUUUGACAUAAAUAAUAUCGUGACAACAACAGCUGGACCGAUCCGCGGAAAAUUCGAAUCCCUUUCAACUGGAAAACAAGCCUGGAAAUUCCUUGGUAUACCUUUCGCUAAAGCAAAACGAUUUGAAAAUCCAACGGACCCAGAUAAAUGGACUGCAGCCAGAGAUGCUACCAAGUUUGGCAAGCGCUGUCCGCAGCCAUAUUAUAAACCUGGACCUCCACUUUCAGGCCUUUCAAAAGCGAGUGAAGAAUGUCUUUUUAUUAACAUCUUUGUGCCUGGACAGAAAACAAAAAAUUCAAGUGAAGGUUUAGCAGUGAUGGUGUGGAUUCAUGGAGGUGCUUAUGUGUUCGGCACUGGCUCUAGUUCUCUAUAUGAUGGAGGUGUUUUAGCCACCGAGGAAGGCGUGCUUGUUGUGACCUUUAACUAUCGCCUAGGGGCACUUGGAUUUCUUAGUACCGGAAGUGAGAGCGACUUGAAAGGAAAUUAUGCCAUGUUGGACCAGGUGCACGCUUUAAAAUGGGUCAAGAAAAAUAUUAGAAGGUAA